AGAUAGAGAGAGAGUGCAAUUAAUAUUACUCAACCCGUUACAACUACUCCCAAAAGGGGUAUUUAUAGGGAAAAUAUGGGUUGGGCUCCCAAGUUUUGGGCUUAGGAGGCCCAUUUACAACAUAAGACCUCUGUUGGGCUGAAUACAUUCGAAAUAUUGACUAAGUAUAGAAGUCUAGUUCUGUGAUGUCUGUUUGGCCGACAGAGUGCCAUGGCCGAUGGAGCGGCAGGAUGACGGAGGACCAUGUUGAGCUCCUGGGCUUCUAGACCAUAUUCUGGGAUGAUAUGAGUUUUGCCGAUGGAGGACCGUUUGGCCGACGGAGGACCAUCUGGGUGCCAGCUGUGCUUCCUCUUAGUCUUCUGAGUAUGUGAAUCAUGGGGUCUGGACCCAUAUACUCUAUCAAUUCCGCUAAUGCCUAUUAAUAAUUUUUAAUUCCAAAAAAAAAUAGCUAAGAACAAGGAGGAAACGGUUGAGAAAAAACAACAUGUUUGUGCAUAUCUGGGAUAUCAUUCUCUUUUGAUGUUUAAUAAUUUUCAUAAUAUUAUUAUCAUUCAUUGUUCAUAUCAAAAAUCUAUUUUUUAAUCUUUAAUUACGUAUUAAAUGUUUAUCCCAUUCCAAUUUAUUUUAUAGUGUUUAAAUUUUUUAGCACAGGUACAACGCUUUUCACUUUUAAUGGUUGUAUACUUGUAUACUCUAUUAAUUAUUUUCAUUUAAUUUUCUUUUGUAAUUAUAAAAUCAUUAUUAUUUAUUUUUUAAAAAAAGUAAAUAUAAAUAGAAACAAUUUUAUCGAGAAUUGUAGUGCCUCGGGAACUAAUUAAAUAGAUGAUGAGUAAUUUUUUUGUUUUUCUUCUUGGUCAAGGAUUAGCUCAACAUGAUGACUCUGAUAGAUCAAGAUCCCAUAAAUGUUAAAGUUAGAUAAACAUUGAAAGAAUAUAUACACAGCGAGAAUCAAACAGUCUAUGGGAGCAAAGUUUGGAAGAUUAUAUUUAGAGGUUGUUUACUUUUUUCAAUUAAAUCCUGAUUGGAUUAAAACGUCAAUCUAGAUUCAGAUAUCCUAUUCCAAUUAAUUGUGAGAAUCCACGUAUAUUAAUGUCGCAAAAAUAAUUAUUGUUUGAUUUAGAACCCUCAUUUAUUAGUACAAGGUUUUAUAGAAACCAAAACGGAAAAUAAAAAAUAAAAAUAUUAAUUUAUAGGACAACUCGAGUAGCUAACAUACCAAAACUAUGAGAACUACAAAAAAUGGUAUGAUACACAUAGAUUAAGAAAUAAGGAUGUUUUAACUUGGACUGUUUUCAGUUGUAAGGAAUAAAUGUAAUUAGAUUUUGAUGAUGCUAUAGGAUUUUAGAAAUUACCCCUUAGAAAAUUUGUAUUAGAAUUUUCCUUGUAAUUGUUCUAGUAUAGUCGACUGACAGAAGACCUCCAGACAGAAGCCCUUUUGGCCCUCUGGUGAUAGUGCCUUCACAGAAGUCCUCCUGACUCUCUGUUGGACUUCACUAAGGUAGAAGCACUUAGGUCCUCUGUUGGCCUCUAACAGAACAGAAGGACUGGAGACCCUCUGCUGACUUCCGUUACAACAGAAGUGCUCAUGACCUUCUCUGGUGUACACUCUUAUAAAGAGACCAGAAGGCCUGACACUUAGAGUAAUUCAAGUUUACUUCCAAGCCGGCGAAAUCAACGGAAGAUUCUCCAACGGCUAGAAGACUUCAACGGAAAAGCUACAGUACGCGCAUUAAAUGCUCAUUUAAUGCGGAUACGUACGAGAAGAUAUUUAAAGCAAAUAAUUGUCAACCUUUUGGAAAGAAUCUUCUCAAAAUAGCAAGUCGCCGAAUUCAGUGGGUCCAACCGGUCAAGUCAACAACACGCGCAUUAAAUGCAGUUGUCCUCCUUCACCUCCAACGGGAAGACAACCCUAAGUAUAAAAGAUACUCUUCGAAGAACAAAGGAACAAAAAAACUUUGCUAACUUUGCCAACUUCACCACAUCCUUUGCGAGAAAAGCACAUUCAAAUUAUUCAAGGCAAAAAGGUCCUCUUGAGAUUCAAACUCUUCAUCCUCAACAAGAGAGACACAAGUUGGAAAGAAUAUACCUUCAUAUCAUCAAAUCCAACAAGAGCAAGGUUCCAACAGUUCUUCAACAACUUCAAGCACUUCAUCUACAAAUCUUUUGUAACGAAGCAAGUUGGAGGAACCCCUGUUUCAACAGAAACUCUUCUUGUUACAAGAAGGACGUCCAAGUAACUGGAGUAGUGAAGUGGUGAUACUUCCGGGAAGCUCAGUGAAAGGACCAGUCUUAAAGGAAGCCAGGCAGUGCAUCCCAGGAGACAUCUAGGCUUGAAGAAGACGUGGAGAGCUUCUUAAGUGCUAGGACUAAGGCGUUGUAAACGAUCGUUUUUACAAUCUUAGUGGAACAGUGGAUUAGACGAACGCGUUGUUCCUUGAACCAUUAUAAAAAUCCCUGGUGUCAUUUACUUACUGUUUUUAAUAUUUGCACUUAGAUAGAACUAUCUAACUCCUUAGACUUGGUAUCUGUGUUCAGGAAAACUUGUCCUACGAGUUAACAGAAGGCCUACUGCAUUUGCUUCUCUGAGGCUAAAUCAACAGAACCCCUAACAGAACCUUAUCCGCUGCCAGUCUGUUCUGUCAACAGAACAGGCUAUUCUGUAAAAUCUGGUACUUAGUUUAAAAAGCUAAAAACCAAUGCAGUCUAUUCACCCCCCCCCCCCCCUCUAGACUGUAUCCAGUACAACCGGGACCAACAAGUGGUAUCAGAGCCUCCUUGUUCUAAUAAUCUCUUAGGUUAUUUUACUUAACAAAGAUCCACUUGUUUUUUCUGUUAUUUUCCUCAUUUCUAUCUGAUAUAAAGGAUCACUCUCUUGCCAAGAAUCUUAUGUUUUCAGAUCUUAAGUUUGAUGACUGGAGGAUCCGGAUGAAAGCACAUCUCUGUGCUCUGCAUGAUGAGAUGUGGGAAGUUCUUGACAUUGGACCUUUCACAAGCUUCCAGAAGGUCAAUCCUGAGCACGCUAUUGACAACACCAGACCCCAGAUGAUCAGUAAAGCCAAGUCAGAAUGGACCACUGAAGAGAGAAGAAAAUACAACCUGGACAAUAUUGCUAAGGACAUCCUCUACAAAUCCAUUGAUGACAGAUACUUCAACAGAAUAAAGAAAUGCAGAACCGCAAAGGAAAUCUGGGAUACUCUUGAGCUCAUUGGGGCCGGUGAUGAGCAAGAGAAAGAUAACAAGCUGACCAUAGCCAACAAAAGGUUUGAUGAUUUCAAGCUUCUCCCUGGAGAAACCAUCUCCAAGAUGUAUGAUAGGCUCCUCACCCUUACUGGAGAGAUCUCAGAGCUUGGCAAAGAACUCACCACCAAGGAGAUCAACCUCAAAGUAUUGAGAGGUCUUUCCUCUGCAUGGAAGAUGAAGGUGGUUGCUGUCCAAGCCAGCAAAGAUGUGAAGACCUAUCCAACAGACAAGCUCAUCUCUGAUCUCAAAGCUCAUGAGUUCGAGAUGAUUGAAGAGAAGGAAGAUGUACCAGAAGAGAGAACCAUUACAGCUCUUACAGCCAGUACAUCUAAGGUAAAUGAUUUUGACCCUUCAAUACUUUUAUCUGACGAAUAUAUGGCUGCCUUUGCCAGGAGAUUCAAAAAGUUUAUGAAGAAUCCUAAAGAUGGAAGAAGCCCAUCUUCCAGCAGAAAACCAUACCAGAAGGUCAAACCAACAGAGAGCAGUGGAGAGCUUCUCUGUUACAACUGCAGACAACCUGGUCACUUCAAGGCAGAUUGCCCCCAUCCAAGGGUUUCCAAGAGACAAGGACAGGAUGGAGAAAAGAAGAAGUUUGAAGACAAUCCCAGAAGAAGAAAAGCGCUCGUCACAGAACACGUCGAGAAAGACCCUCUGUCAGAGACAGAAUCCAGUUCUGACUCCGAUUCUGAUGAGGCAUUCUGUUGCCUAGAUACAGAGACAGAAGACCUAUGCCUCAUGGCUCAAUCUGAUGAUGAGGUAUCCUCUUCUUCUAAUUCUCGUUUUUCUUCGGUAGGCACAUCCUUAAAUGAUGAUGCAAUGUCAUCAUUGUGGGAAGAGUUUAGAACUAUCCAAACAACUUAUUCUUUAGUUAAAGAAGAAAACAGUAAGCUAAAAAUAGAACUCUCUAACUUAAGAAAAGAGACUGAGGUAAAAGUCAAUCUCUUAACUAUGGAAAGGGACUCUGUCAAAGCUGAAAAUGUUUCUCUUCUCGACAGAAUAAGAGAUAUUCAGCAUUUGGAAGUCAGAUUUAACAGUCUUAUGAAAAUGCAAACUUCUCUUAAGGCUGUUAAUAUUGAUCAAAUGCUACCCUCCGGUUCUGGCCUUGGAUAUGUUGCAACAGAAUCCGGUGAGCCUUCUGUAAAACCAAGCACCAAAGUUGUUAAGGUUGAUAAGGUCAUAGAGCCACGAACUUCUAGCCAUAUUUGUCAUGCUGGUGUAUCUGGCACCAAGGUUAUUCAUGAGAAAGUCAGACCAGAAAAGGAAAAGAUAAAGGUUCAACAGAAACCCAUUUUAAAAAUUAAUGAACCUGGCAGAAAACCUAACAACAGAAAGGGUUUUCAGAAUACCAAAAAUCAAAGACAAACCCAUAACAGACAAACUCAUGAUAACCUUGUCAGAGAUGAUCACCAGAAAGGCAGAUAUCAAGAGAAAGUUAACUUUAGGCAGAAAAGGUUGGCUGGUCAACUUAAGAAGCCCAAAGUUAACCGCCCCUCUGCUCUUGAUAGUAUAUGGGACUUCUUCCCUACCAAGAAGGCUAUGCAGAAGUAUGUAAACCGCAAGCAUGAUCCUCACAAGCAUCUGCCCAAAGUGAAUCACACUUCGGUUUACUAUGACUACCAGGUGGACAAUGGGUACCACCCACCAAGGUUUCACUUGAUGAGACCAAAGUGGUACCGGCUGCCAAGACUGCAUGACCCCCUAGGACCCAACAUUGCUUGGGUACCUAAAUCUUUCUUUAAAUUUUGCAGGAACAGUGUGCUGGAGCUAUCCCUGAACAAGAAUGGUUUAUUGAUAGUGGAUACUCCAGGCACAUGACAGGUGACAGAAGUUGCCUAACAGAGUUCCAGAAAUGCAAAGGACCUAAAGUUACCUUUGGAGGUAAUGACAAAGAAGGUCAAACAAAAGGAAGAGGAAAGCUGAUCAAGGACCAGAUAAUCAUUGAUGAUGUCUCAUAUGUCAAAGGCCUGAAGUUCAAUCUUCUAAGUGCUAGCCAAUUCUGUGACAAAGGCUACACUGUAGAAUUCACCAAGGACUUUUGCUAUGUAAAGCAUGAGACAACAAAGGAAGUGGUUCUGACUGCAUCAAGAAAGAAGAACAUUUAUGUAGUUGAUUGGAAGACUGCCAAAGAUGGUGUGUGCUUGAUAGCAAAAGGAGAUUCAAAGUUAAGCUGGGACUGGCACAAAAAGCUCAACCAUUUGAAUUUCAAGACAAUCAACAAACUGGCCAGAGAACACAUUGUAGAAGGACUACCAGACAUUGUGUACAAAAAGGAGACCCUCUGCAGUGCAUGUCAGAAGGGCAAACAAGUGAAGAAUUCCUUCAAACCUAUUGCUGGAGAUCUUUCUACUAGUCCUUUAAAUCUGAUCCACAUGGAUUUAUUUGGACCAGUUGAAACUCCGAGUGUAAGUGGCAAAAGAUACACACUUGUCAUAGUGGAUGACUAUUCCAGAUACACAUGGACUAUCUUUCUGUCAAAGAAGAAUGAAACUCUUCAGAAGUUGCCCUCUCUGUUAAAGCAACUUCAGACUGAGAAGAAUUUGAAAGUGAAGACAAUCAGAUCAGACAGAGGAACUGAAUUUGUCAACCAAGUCAUAAAGGACUUCUGUGAUCAGAAUGGAACUUUUCAUCAACUCUCUGCCGCCAGAACCCCUCAACAGAAUGGCGUAGCAGAAAGAAGGAACAGAACCUUGAAAGAAGCUGCAAGAACAAUGAUUGCAGAAUCUGGAUUACCAAUGAGAUACUGGGCUGAAGCAAUCAACACUGCAUGCUACACCCAGAACAGAAGCAUGAUCAACAAGAAUCACAAGAAGACUCCUUAUGAACUUUGGAAAGGAAGGAAACCAAACAUCAGCUACUUUCAUGUGUUCGGUUGCAAAUGCUACAUUCUCAACAAUGGAAAGGAACAUUUGAAGGUCUUUCAAGAGAAAGCUAAUAAAGGAGUAUUCAUAGGCUACUCAAGUACUAGCAAAGCCUAUAGAGUACUCAACAGAAGAACUCUACAUGUAGAAGAAUCCAUACAUGUAAAAUUUGAUGACAGCACAUCUGUUGAAGAUGUGACAGAUACCCUCAAAGAAGUCAACAUCGAAGAUAGAAUACCUGAACCGACAGAAAAGGUUACAGUUAAUCCAGUGUUUCCAAUACCUGCACCAAACCCCCUUCUAUUGAAUGAAGAUGAAGACUCUGAAGAUGAGGAACCAGAGAGACCAAGACAGCAGCUGACAGAACCUGAUCUAACAUGGUUAAGAGAUCACCCCCCCUGACCAAGUGAUUGGUCAAAUCAGAAGUGGAGUUCAAACCAGAUCCACAUCAAGAAGAGAAGCAAUGUUUGCCUGCUAUAUAUAUCAAAUGGAACCUAUGACUGUUGUUAGUCUCUGUUUCUUUAACACCAAUGAAUAAUCGAUCUAACAAAGGAAGAUUAAACGUAAAGAUGGAACAGAAUGAAUCACCGUAAAACCUUCUUUGAUAAACCGUGGAACGUACAGCAGAAUGAUAAGCGUAAGGCUAUGAAAUAAUAAGUACGACGUUCAACCUUUUCCUAAACCUCGGCUCCCUUUUUAUAGGCGAGGUUUAGGUUAGGCGUACCAGGCUUUUGGCCUGUUUAAAUGGGCCUAACACUUGGCCUGAUUUCUAUCUAAUUUAUGCACUAUUUAAAUACAAGGAUUAAAUAUAAAGCUAAUCUAUGACCAACUUGAUUCACAAUUAAAUAUCUCCAACAAUCUCCCCCUUUGUGAUCAAGUGCCAUUCUCUUAUUGCUUCUGUGAUUUGAAGUAGUGCUUUCUCAAGCCAGGUGCAUUAUCAUACUGUCUUAGCAUAUUUCUCUUUUCGAGGCGAUCGUCAAUGGCCUUUAAAAUUGUCUCUACAGUAGAGUGUUCCUUUUGAACAUAAGACGAUGCCUCUUGAAGAUUUUCUUCCAGCUUUGCCUUCAUCUGUAGAAUCUGCUCUCUGAUUAUCUUCAGUGUUCCGUCGCAGUACUUCUCGAUUUCACUGACUACCAUCAGACGUUUUUCGUUCUUGUGGUUCAGAUAGGUGACUGCUGGCGGUUUGAAGAAGAUGUGGUAGGCUGGGAAAUCUUCAAGUUCUGGACCAUACAGUUUUGGCUUUGUCAGAUUUGUCUUCUUCAGAUUGCAUUCAAUAGCCAUCUGUAGGUCAUGUGAAGAGUGUACUCUGAUCUGUCUAAGCAUGAAUCUCUUGAUAGCUGCGAGGCCUUCGCUGUAUACUAUGCUCUGCCUGACUGGAAGGUAUCUGUAGGCCAUGAGCAUUUGGUAGAUGUCAUCCGGUUUUAGCAUGAUGAAGUCGUUCUCUUGACAAGUGAAUUCGCUCCCAUCGGUGCGUUGAAGUCUGAAACUGUAGAAUGUUACUCCAUGAUAGUCUUCAGUCUUCACUUGUAGAAUUUGAUGAAUCGGGAGAAUAUUCGACUUCAGAUCUUGUUCCAUUAGUUCUCUCUGUGUACCAGUUGACCUUUGCAGCAACAUAUGCAGAUGACCUCCAGCCUGCUUUCCUUUCAAGUGAGUAAGGCCUCUUAGCUUCAGUUCGUUCAGUGGCUUGACUUUGUCUGGUCUACGCCAGAUAUGCUCUCUGAUUUGGGAAGUCUUCCCGCUGAUUGUCUUACGACCGAUUCAAGAGCUUUCUGGGAUUCCUUGUAGUUCUCCCCUUCCUUGCGUUCAUCGUCCUCGAGCCGUAUAAUAUCUUCAGAGCAUUUGUUGAUCAGCUCUCGUAGCCACCAGUUUCUUUGCAUGUCUUCUUGCUCGGCUUCAACCCGGAGAUCAUCCCAUUCUGUCCAUUUUCUCGGCCAUUUGUCGUAUAUCACCGCCUCUUCCAGUGCAUCAUGGAUGUCUUUGCCUAGGGAAAUAUAUGGAGUUCUUUGUAUAGGCGGUGAUUGUUCCUGUGUAGCACUACCGGGUUCACUAGGAUUGCCCGUUGACAUCAGCUUAGAACUGGGUUCCAACUGAUGGCCUGAUGGAGAAGAUGUAUCAGUGGUAACAUCAUCAGGACUUCCAUCCCCUCCUCGGUUGGUAUCUCUGGGAGAUACGCCUCGGGAUGUUAUUUCUAGCUCGACCAUGCUAGAUAGUUUGGCUGUGGAUGGUGGCUGUUGGUUUGUUGAGGUAUCGGGUUGAAUUGGCUGUGGAGUUUGGCUUGGUAGAGCAGUUUGCUCAAGUGAUCGAGGUCGCUUGUUCUCCCCCUCAUGAGGAUCCGAAUCAUCGGGGUCCUCAUGGGAACGUUUGCGACCACGAAGACUCUCCUUGCAAGUACUCUUGGUUUCAGGUGAGGAAAGAAGAGCUUCUAGUAUGGCUUGCUGAUGAAGAGUGAGGUUGUCUUCUGGGGUAUUUAAGAGAUUGUUCAGCAAAGCCGAAGCUAGUGUGUCAAAGGAUAGGGAGGAGAGAUCAAUGGAGGGUGUGGUCGGGUGUGGGGAGAAUACUGGUUCUGUAUUCUGGGUUCCCCGAGAAAUAGAAGGGAUGGGAAUUUGGUUUAUGGAUUUGUGGGAUAGAGGGGUGGAAGAUAUGGGUUGUGUAUGGGAGAUGAACGGUUCAGGGGAAGGUUGGGGUGGUGUAUGUUCAGACCGAACCGCUUGGGUGUUCCUAAAUUCCUGUGCUAGAGCGGUCAUUGCAUCUUGCACCCAUGGUUUAAUGGUGGAAUCUAGGAAGCGAUUUAGUAGAACGUUUACGUCUUCAAAGGUAGGGUGACCAGUUACGGGGGUUGUAACUGUUGACACAGCAUCAGUGAAGAUUGCUGAUGUGUGGCCUGCAUUUAAUGAUGGAAUCAUUAUGGGCGUAGCAGGGCUUCCAACCGUCAUAGCUUGCGCUCUGGUUGUUGCGUUCAGGGUGAGUGCACCUGUAUGUGCAGUGAAUAGUGUAGGUGUCCUAGAAAAGGAAGAAAAUGUGGGAAAUGUGACACCUAGACUCGAUGUGAGAGAAGAAGGGGUUUUGACCUCGGGAGAUAGGUCAAUUGUAUGCUCAACUGAUUCAGAAGGAACCAGCGAGGGGGUUGAGUCCCGUUCUUUUGAAACAAUAGCCUUGUGAGAGGCAAUUGAGUGGCUGGGAGAGGGCUGUGCAUGCGCAGUUGAGCCAGAUGCUGCGACUUCUACUCGGGAACCGAAAAGAUCGGCUCCUGUGCUUAGGGAUUCGGCUCGGCUUAUCUGGAUAAAGGAGUCGCAGCCCGCAAAGAUGUGCUCGUCUGCCUUAUCAAACAGACUCUUCUUCGCUCGGGGCUGGGGCUUGGUCUUUGCAACCUUGUCAUUUUUGACCUUAGCCCUGGUCUCUCGGAUGACAACUUCUUCCUAGUUGAUUGAUGUCUUGAUGGAGUGAGCUGCCUCGUCGUAAUCAUCCUUUGAGCAAUUAGUCUCGCUCGGAUCAGCUCUUGGUUUAGCUGUUUCUUUUAUGGUGAAGACUUGAGGUCUGCGAGCUAUGAUUGGUGCUGCGUCUUCAGCAGUGAUUCUUCUCUUCUUUGGAGAUUCGACGGGCAGCUUUCCUUUUCUGAUAAGGGCAUAUGUGAGCUCCACAUCAUCACUGUCGUUGUCAUCAUCGUCAUCAUCCGAGUCAGAUUUUUCACUCUCCGUGCCUACGCUCUCAGAAGCCUCGUCGUCAGUAUUCGUUUGGGCUUCACUUGACGAUUCAUUGGCCGUAUCCUCAGCGUCUUUUUCGGUGCCCUCAGCCGCCUGACUCGUCUCUAGAGAGUCGUCAGACUUCCCUUCAUUGGGCAAACCGGCCACUGGUUUCUGUGGCUUUUGGGCUCUCUUAGGACCCUUACUUACACUCAGCUUUGUCCCUUGGGUAGGUCCAGCUGGGUUUUGCUGAACCAUAGGGACGGUUUUCUCGGUGGCUUCUUUGUAUUGUUGGACUGCUGGAUUUGAAGAUUUUACCAGCUGUAGCAGAAAUCCAGGUAACUUCAGACCAUAGGAAGGAUUCUUGUCUGCUUUGAAGUACUGUAGCUUCGGUGCUGUGAAGUGAGGAUCUGAACUGCGUCUUGGUAUUGUUGAAUGCUCUGUCAUGAGGUCGUUGAUGAUCAACCCAAGCCACCUAGCGUACGGAAUGGUACCUGGCCUAUUCUUUUCUUUGGCCUUGACCAGGUCCAUUAGCUUUGAGUAGAAGAGCUGAGCCAGAUCGUAGUUCUUGUUGAACGCGAUGCCAUGAAAGAUUAGCAGGAUCUGCUUGUUGCAUUUGUCAAACCUGGCAUGCUUCGGCGACAGGCACUUGUUUACUAGCCCGAAAAGAUUUUUCCACGGGUGACGGAGAUAUGCACCGUUGAAAUUUGAGAGCUGUGGCAGUAGUGAUGUGUAGCCAAGGGAUGCCACGUCUUUGAGCAGAUCAGGGAUGGACGGCAGUGCAUCAUAUUCGUCAUGUAUCGGCCGCGAUAGAGUAGUCCGUAGAGUGGAUGGUGUCAGAAUCACCCGCAUGCCGUUCAACUUGGUCUUGAUCUUGGAACGAUCCUUUAAUGAAUCUGUGUGCAUGUGCCCCCAGAACUGUUGUAGGUAUAUCUCUGGCACUGGUUUGGCGUUGUGAAGUGCAGGCCAGAGAUAGUGACCUUUCAUUAUGGCCGGAAUGAUUGGGUUCUGGCACUUGAAGACUGCCAGGUCUAGCUGGAAAUUGUUGUCCAGUACCUUGAUCCAUUUCCCUUUGGAGUAGAUGGCAUCAUCGAUCUGUGCUGUAGUGUUACCUGCCAUUUUAAAC